AUGGCGGAAGAGGAGUUUGAUAGGCAGUUGAUGUGCGAUGAACCUGAAGUGAUACAAAAAGUCAUCGACAUUUCAUCACAAAUGUUGAUCAGCUUGAGGAAUCUUUGCGAGACUCGCGCAGAACUUACUCAACAUGAAAUUAGAACUCUAGAAGGUAAACUAGUGAAGUUGUUUUCAGUGCAGUUGAAUAAUAGGCAUAAAAAUCCAGGGCGGUUUGAUUGUCAAAAACUUAGAAACUCACCAUCAAUAAAUCAAUGGCUAGAAGUUGUAGGACUUAGUACACUUUCUGUACAAAGAAUAUGUGAAAAUAUCAGCUCUAUUGAAGCAUUAUUGUUAAAGUCUGAGAAUGAAUUAAAAUCGAUUCUUCCAGAAUACUCUCUCAAAGAUGAAGAACUUAGACGAUUAACUAGAGCAUCUUAUAAUUUGAAAAAAUAUAGUGAAACUAUAAGGGUUGGAAGCAGAACUCGAGAAAAAUGUAAAAUUACAUUAUAUUGGGAUUCUUGGUAUCGACAAUAUGAAGUUCGUUGUGAACAAGCUGGACAUUCUCCAUCGUCUGUCCAAGGUCAUUCUCCUUCUUCAUCAUGUCGCCCUAGAAAUGCUCAUUUAAAUCAUUACACUCCACCUUUAACCCCUACUUUAUUUAAUCAUAGUCAUAGAACCAGUGAUAGUCCUAUUUCUAAAUUAACAUCACCAAAAAGUCGACGGAAUUUAAAUCCUGAUGUAGUUUUUUCUAAUGGAUUAACAACGCCACAAUCUCCAAAACCUUUAGUUCCUGAUAUUUGUGUUAAAACUGGUCACAAUUUUUCAAAUUUACUGCCUAUGCUUGGUUAUUGUGAACAAUGUUCUGUACGAGUAUUUGUGGGUGUUAAGUGUAAAAUUUGUAAAUUUCGAUAUCAUAAGGGCUGUUUAUCAAAAGUUCCAUUACAUUGUACGAAGAAUGCUGCAACAGAUGAUAAUGACUCAACUCUUGAUGAGCUUAUAAGUUCAUCAGCUAAUCAUUCUCCUAAUUUUAAUCGUCCUACUUCACACAAGACUUCUUCUUCAUUAUUAUCAAAGAGAAAAACUAGAAUACCAUCUAUAAAUUCAAUACCAGUUUCUUCUAAAAGUGGUGGAGCUGAAUCUAGUUCUGCCCCAUCUAGUACAAAUAGUUCAACACCUUCAAGUCCUGCUCUAGUCAAUACCAGGCAAACACAUAUUUCUUCUUUACCAACACCAGCUAUUACUCAUGAACAAUUCAACUAUCCCGACACCCCCAUAUAUUCACAAGAAUUACAGAAAAAUCAAUGUAGAUUUAUUGAAUCAAGGUGUGGGAGUACAGAUUCUGAACAAACAUCAAUUAGAAUGGAUUCUUCCGAAGCUCAAAAUUGGGAUACCGAUGAAAUGGAAACAAGAGGUUGGCCGAGACAAAAUAGCCUAUCUCUUCAAGAAUGGGACAUACCUUGGGACGAAUUAAACAUGUGUGACAAAUUAGGAGAAGGCCAUUUUGGUACUGUAUAUAGUGGAAAUUGGCACGGACCAGUUGCUAUCAAAGUAAUAAAUAUGGACUACUUAGAUUAUGAAAAAACUUUAGAAGCAUUCAAAGCUGAAGUGGCUACCUUUCGUAAAACUCGUCAUGAAAAUCUUAUUUUAUUUAUGGGUGCCUGUAUGAAGCUUCCUAGAUUAGCCAUUGUAACAAGUCUUGCAAAUGGUAUGACAUUGUACAGACAUAUACAUGUGCUCAAAGAUAAAUUUAAUAUGAGUCGCACCACAAUGGUUGCUCAACAAAUAUCACAGGGUAUGGGAUAUUUACAUGCGAAAGGUAUUAUACAUAAAGACCUUAGAAGUAAAAAUAUAUUCUUAGAAAAUGGGAAAGUCAUAAUUACAGAUUUUGGUUUAUUCAGUGUUACUAGAUUAUGUUUUCGCAACCGGACCCAAGAUGGUCUCAUUGUGCCACCAGGCUGGCUAUGUUAUUUGGCACCAGAACUAGUUCGUAAUUUGCGUGUUCACCAAAGACCCGAGGAAGAAGAUUUACCAUUUAGUAAAGCAUCAGAUGUUUAUGCUUUUGGAACUGUUUGGUAUGAGUUAUUAUGUGGUGAAUGGCCAUUCAAAUCAGCCAGUCCAGAAGUUAUUAUUUGGAACAUUGGGCGUGGUAUGAAACAAAGAUUAGCCAAUUUAGAAGCAUCUGGUGAUGUCAAAGAUAUAUUGAUGACUUGUUGGUCAUUUAACCCUGAAAAAAGACCAGAUUUUGCUCAAAUGCUUAAAACACUGGAACGAUUGCCACGUAAACGUUUAGCUCGUAGUCCAUCACAUCCAAUUCAUUUAUCAAGAUCAGCAGAAUCUAUAUUUUAA